GCCUGCGCGCGGGCGGGGCGCCGCCGCGGUUCUUGACUGUGCUGCGCUCCGUGCCGGGUGUAGCCAUGCGUAGAGCCGACUGCGAGCAGCCCCCUAAGCGGCCCCGAUGUGAUGGCAGCCCGAGAACACCACCAAAUACUCCUCCCGAAGUGGCGGACGAGUCACCGGGCCCGGAACUCCACCCUGACCACCAGACUUGGGACCCGGAGCAGGUGUGCUCCUUCUUAGAGAGCAGAGGCUUCAAGGAGCCAGGACUGCUGAGGAGCUUCCGAGAAAAUAAGAUCACAGGUUCAUUACUGCCCUUUCUCGAUGAGUCUCUUCUUGAAAAUCUUGGAGUAAGCUCCUUUGGGGAGAGGAAGAAGCUGCUUUAUUAUAUCCAACAGUUGAGUCAAACUCACAUUGAGAUAAUGAAGGUAAUUAAUGAUCCUAUCCAUGGCCACAUUGAGCUCCACCCUCUCCUUAUCCGAAUCAUUGAUACACCUCAGUUUCAGCGACUUCGGUAUAUUAAACAGCUGGGAGGCGGUUAUUAUGUUUUUCCAGGAGCUUCACACAAUCGAUUUGAACAUAGCCUAGGGGUAGGUUAUCUAGCAGGAUGUCUAGUUCGUGCACUGUGUGAAAAGCAACCAGAGCUGCAGAUAAGCGAGCGAGAUAUGCUCUGUGUUCAGAUAGCGGGGCUUUGCCAUGAUCUCGGUCAUGGGCCAUUUUCUCAUAUGUUUGAUGGAAGAUUUAUCCCACUUGCUCGCCCAGAAGUGAAGUGGACGCACGAACAGGGCUCAGUCCACAUGUUUGAGCAUCUCGUUAAUUCUAAUGGACUCAAGGAUGUCAUGGAGCACUAUGGUCUUGUCCCCGAGGAAGACAUUUGCUUUAUCAAGGAACAAAUUACAGGACCACUUGAUUCACCAACCAAAGACUCUUCGUGGCCAUAUAAAGGACGUCCUAAAGAGAAGAGCUUCCUUUAUGAGAUAGUGGCUAAUAAAAGAAAUGGCAUUGAUGUGGAUAAAUGGGAUUAUUUUGCCAGGGACUGCCAUCAUCUUGGAAUCCAAAAUAAUUUUGACUACAAGCGUUUUAUUAAGUUUGCCCGUGUCUGUGAAGUGGGAAAUAGGAAACAUAUUUGCACUAGAGAAAAGGAGGUUGGAAACCUGUAUGACAUGUUCCACACUCGCAACUGUCUGCACCGCAGAGCCUAUCAGCACAAGGUUGGCAACAUCAUCGACACGAUGAUUACAGAUGCCUUCCUCAAAGCAGACCCCUACAUAGAAAUCCAAGGUGCUGAAGGGAAAAAGUAUCGAAUUUCUACAGCAAUCGACGACAUGGAAGCCUUCACUAAGCUCACAGAUAACAUUUUUCUGGAGAUUUUGUAUUCUACUGAUCCCAAACUGAGUGUUGCACAGGAGAUUUUAAGAAAUAUUGAAUAUCGUAAUCUAUACAAGUAUGUGGGUGAGACCCAGCCAGGGAAGAAAGAAAAGAUCCAAAAGGAAAACUAUGAAGGCCUUCCAAAAGAGGUGGCCAAUGCUAAACCUAAGGAAAUAUUACUGGAAGUUGAACUGAAGGCCGAAGAUUUCAUAGUGGAUGUUAUCAACAUGGAUUAUGGAAUGAAAGACAAGAAUCCGAUUGAUCAUGUCCACUUCUACUGUAAGAGCGACUCCAGAAAAGCAAUCAAGAUUAGCAAAGACCAGGUUUCACAGCUUCUGCCAGAGAGAUUUGCAGAGCAGCUGAUUCGUGUAUAUUGUAAGAAGACAGAUGAAAAGAGUUUGUAUGCUGCUAGACAGCACUUUGUUCAUUGGUGCCUGAUCAAAGACUUCACCAAGCCGCAGGAUGGUGAUAUCGUAGCCCCUCUUAUCACACCUCUGAAAAAGGAGUGGAACAACAAGGAGUCAGCCCACAGCCCAACUCGUUUACGAGAAGCCUCCAAAUUCAAAACCCAGCUUAAAUUUUAAGUGAAAUUUGCAAGUGGUUGUUUACAAAAGCUCUCUUAACAAUUAAGUUAGGGAGUACCAUAGAGUUCCAUAAAUGUACUAACUAGUGCUUUUGAUUUUGUAUUGUGAAUGUAUACACAUGCUGAAGGUAAAAUGGUUUUUAUUCAAAGCAAUGGAAAGGUAUUAGGUAAAUCUUGCUGUACAUGCUAUGGAAGCAUGACCUUGUUUUACAUUAAUUAAAGCCUCUCUCCCUUAAUAAUCUA